AACCCACUAAAUCCCUACCCAGCGCCGCGCGCCCCGAGCCCCUCUCUCACCAGCGCGUUCCUGCCCAGCGCGCCGCCGCCUAAACACAGACCGCGCGCCGCCCCGCCGAACGCUACACCGCCCAAGGUCGGUCGCCGCCGCCAGCCCGCCAAAUCCCGUCCCGGCUCGCCGCCCCGCAGGCCCGGAUGCGGGACGAGAUGCCGCGCCUAGCGCUGCGCUUGCCACUCCCGCCGGGCGACGACGCGCGCGAGGCGAACGAGGUCGCCGCCGCGGAGGCCCACGCGGAGGAGGAGGCCGCGCGGAGGGACGCUGACCUAGCCGCGCGGACCACGCCCAAGAGGGAUCGAGCCUCGCACCGGGGGCGGGCCGGACCCAGCUGGACGUGGAGGCGGCAGCUCUGGAUGGUCAUCCUUGCGGAUCUCCUCCUCCUCACAAUCCUCUUCGCCGCCUGGCUCGCAGUCUGCCGGGGAUUCAGCUGCAUUGGUCGGUAAAUAGCUACACAACCUCUAAGGUACGUACGUAAAUCACUAAAUCAAAUCCAUGGCCUUUCUUCCACUUCUGUUCCAUGAUUUGGAUCAUUCCAGGGUUCACACUGACGCUCUCUCUCUCUCACACAACACCAAAAAAAAAUUGACUGCUUGCUAGAGACUGGGGAUCCAUGUAUUCUGUUCACUAGUCUUCACCAAUCCUUCCAACCUAGGACAGAUCUUACGAAAUUCGGAUUCUCACUACGAUGGUUUUCACUCGGGAUCCUACAAUCAUUAUCGCCAUCUUGACAAAUAUGUCUCCUUUUGAAUCUUGACCAAGCAAUGAGAGCUAUGGUCAGUCGACCGUCGAGGAUCCAGAAGGCUGAGGUUGUCUAUCCUGCUGGAUGCUGCGAGUGCGAGCUGUGUCCCCACCUCCAGCGCAAAUGUGAAAUGAUGAUGCUUUGUGCAGAGGCUCUCCCUCCCUCACUCUCUUGUCCUGGCAUCCAACAUUCCAACUUUCCAUAUGGAAUUGUGAAAGAAGGGGGCCUUUUUUUUCUUCUUCAGCUUGCGGCACAGUUGGUUAAGGUUGCUUCUUCUGAUGGCAAAAUGGCUGUAUCCAUAGCUGGACAUGAUGACAGCAACUGUGUAUGAUAUGGUUCAAGUGCAUUAGUUGCUUGCUCAACGUUCCAAUGGUAAAGCCACAUACAGGAUUGCAGGUGUUAAGCUCAUGAUUACUGCUGCAAACAAUUUUCAAAUAAUAGCCUGGGCCAGGUUUCUUACCCAACAUCUAAUAAGUACAACCCACCCUAGCGACACAACUUCAGAUUAGACUUGCCCUGGCCUUAGUUGCAAAACAUCCAAGCUAAAGCAGAAAGGGCAACCAUAACAUAGGAGAUGUGGAGUUUAGUGGCCAUCUGAAUCGAUCAGAGGAGUUCAGUGGUGAGGUGAAAUCUGGGCACACAUAUACUUGUUGCAUUCCGUUAGUUAGUUCUCAAAGAAAAAAAGUGUUGGUCUAUUGUGGAUGCGGUCUGAAUAUUAGAAUUUAGAAUGCUCGUGUUUCUAACUAUAUGGAAAUAGUGGCAGUGCUAUGCCUUGUAUUCUCAUAUACUUCUAGUAUUAAAAAGAAUACCUGUUCUGUUCUCUUAGUUGUUUUUAUACUCCUAUAUUAUAUUGCUACGGUUAGUAUAAAACAUAAAUACAUGUGUUUUGUACUUUUGUUGACUAGCAACUAUGGUUUGAAUCUCCAUUUAACCGAUCAAUUUAGAGAGCGGGUUGAUUAUAAAGAAAAAUAUAAGGUGCUUUUAUAAAAAAUCCGACCAUGAAACCAGAAAAAAUAAUAGUUUAAUAUAAUAGAGAUACAUGGGACUCAUGCAUGAAUAAUGGGAGCAUUAUUAUUUAUUUAUUCCAGUAUAUAUAUGGUCACAAGAGUUGCAUGUAUGCAUGUCGGACUGGUCGGUGGUGGAGUGCCUAGACACGCCUUAGAUCGGUUUACAUGCAUGGGACCACCAAAAUGGCGUGAGAGAGUUGGCUAUAUAGCUAAUGUAUGGAAAAAAAUAUAAUUUGAUUCCUGAAGAAAAGGGUAGCUGAUUUCCAAGACUUUUUGGCCAUCGUUCAACUGACAUGGCAACGCCAUCAACUGAAAUGAGAUGCCUAUGAGUGCUGCUUUCUCGCUUGAUCUACAGUAGAAAGUAAAAAACGACGAGUGUUCGUUCGUAGACUAAAAUUGGGGUGAGUUUUACAAAUUCGUCCUCCAUAUGUCUGGCAUUUGAAGGUAGCAUGCAUGGCCUUUUUGCAUAAAUCACACUCAGAAUGCAUGCACUUUAAUCAUGGCUAUUGUAUAUAGUUUUGAUGCCACUAAACUUCUAAUCAAAUCUGAAAUAGACCAUUUUAUACGGUUGUCUAAAUCAGACCUUGCACCAGUGAACAUAUUUUUGUAUUUACCCUUGCUUUGACGAAUGCCUGUUUUUAUUAGAUUUCAGAAGCUUCUUUUAUUUAUUUAUUUAGAUUUCAGUAAUCAUGGCUAUUUAUUUAUUACCCUUUCUUCUACAGUAGCUUCUUUUUUAUCUACUGGUUCCUGGUUCUGUGAUUGAAUAUCUACAGGUGGCUCCCUUGUGAUAUCUUGGCGUUGUCUCCUUAGAUGCUAGCAUGGUGCUCUGUUGAGUUGUUUCUUCAGCCUUUUCAUUCAUGGGCCAUCGAUUUCUUCAGCGGGUUCUUCAUUUAGCACUUCAAGAGCAAGCGCAGCUCUGGUAGGAAGUGCAGCUCCAGCAGCCAGGAGAAUACAAGUCAUGAUGCGUUCAUCGCAAAAUCAGUGUUCGUUCAAAUGUAUAGUGCUCAGAUGGGAUCUCAAAUGGGACCCCAGUUCACCCGUCCGUCACAAUCUGGACAGACACCAAACACCAAUGAAACAUAGGGUUCUGAGACUGGACAAGGAAACCCACAGAUGGACAUACAUUGGUCGAUGCCCCCUAGAGGACAAAUUCUUCCUCCUCCACAACCAGGCAUGGGAUAUUGGCCGCCACCACCAUGGGGAUAUCCUACACAUCCAAUGGGGCCUUGGGGACGCCCCCAUGGCCAACACAGCCACUUUCGUCACCAGCGGAUUCCACAACUCAUCAAGUGACUCCUCCCCCUCACGAUAACUUUGUGGACAGAUGUCUCAAUUCUAGUGGUGGAGCUACAAACAACAAUCCGAUGUCCUGAUCGAGAGCGAUGGAGCUAAUGUUUGAACUUGUGUAUUUGAACUUGUGAACUACAAAUGUGAACUAUGGAUGUGAACUUAUGUAUUUGGACUUAAUUAUGUGAAUUUGUGAACUUAUGUAUUUGGACUUGUGUGAAUUUGUGAUAUGAACAUAUAUCCAUGUGUUUGAAAUCUGUAUUGUAUGUGAUGUUCUGUGUUGCAUGUGAUAUUAUGUGUGUCUAAUUUUUCAUUUCUG